GUGCCACACGAGUUAGUCGCACAGGUUGUCAUUCUGCAGAGAAGGAAACCACGAAAUGUGAGGCGAUCGCAUCACUCAUGAGAUAAUUCACACGGGAUUAGACAGCGGAUUUCACUCGGAUUAUAUUUCUGUUUAAAGCAGAAACUCCUGCAGUUUGUGCGUCCAGCGACUCGGAGGGACUGAUUGAAAAACGGAGCUACGACGGGAACUUUGCAGUCAGUAAAAGUGUGUUUUCAUAAGCGGAGUGGGUGCGUGCGGGGCGGGAGGAGGGCAGGGUGGGCAUGUCGGGUCGGAGCGGAGGAGCGCCCCGGGGAUGCAGCAACCCCAGCCUGCAGCCCCUCCGAGCCACCGUCCCGUUCCAGCUCCAGAGAGGCUCCGCUCCCCUGUGCAGAGAGCCCAAAGCGGUUGAUAAAACCGCCGCUCGCCCGCCGAGGCCCACGAUCCGCCGAACUCUUUCUCUGGAUACGAUCGUCGGCCCGUAUCUGCAGGGCCAGUGGCCCAGAGAGGCAGAGGCCGCCUGCGUCAACGACAAAGCCACUCAGACUCCGUGUUGCUGGACAGAGGAGACCCGGGGAAGGAGGAGCGCGGGUGGGCACAAGCGCUCAGCGUCUUGGGGAAGUGCAGAGCACCUGAAGGAGGUGGCCAAAGUGAGGCACCAUCUGCAAAAACGCUCCAGGAACGCUCCUCCCUCUGCAGGGUAUGAGCUCCCCCACGGCACGCUGCUGGCAGGACAGGCGGCAGGCGUCACUCAGACAGUUCCCAUGAUUCCUCUGAACAGGCUCGCACCGCGGCUGAGACGGAGCGUUGAGGGUCUCAGCUUGGAGCUGGAGGAAGUGUUUGUGUCUGAGAAACCAGACGAUGAGCAUGAGAUCUUGGAUAUCCCAGACGGCCACAGAGCUCCUGUCCCGGCUCAGAGAUGCAGCAGCGGCUCUCAGAGCGAACCGUCCCCAUCCCUCCCGUCUCCCUCCCUGUCUCCUUGUCCGCUUGACUCGUCACUCCCAUCCGGUUCCCCAUGCCACCUGGACGCAUCACGAUUGUCCCCCUCCCCGCCGCCGUACCCCAUGUUGGACCCAGAGCCUGCGGAGUGUGAAGGAUUGUGCUCCUCUUCAUCAGCGUCGCUUCCUUCGUUCGCACUGGAAGCUCCUCUUCAGCAGCCCUGCUCAUCUUCGCCCCGUCCAAACAAAACCUACGCCUUCCAGCGCAUCCCGCCAGAAGGCUGCGAGCGAAUUCGAGUUUGUGAGGAAGCAAUGUCUGCCUGUCCAGAUGAGCAGCUCCUCCAGCCCUCCUGCCCGGACCCUAAUAAAGUCAACUUUUCCCCCCAUGGAGGCUCGGCAUUCUGCCCGGUCAGCCUCCUGAAGCCCCUGCUGCCCUCCAUGGACCUCCUGUUUCGCAGCCUGUCCGUGUCGCCCGUCACUGGCUGCUCGGGUCAAGACUCCCCCACCAGGCACCUGGGCAUGCAGUAGGUGGAAACCUAAACGCCGCCUCUCAGGACUACACAACAAUGCACUGCGAGAACCUGGAACACUUGCUAAUGUUUUGAUGCAGACUGACAAUUACUGUGGGCAUCUUUACCAUUACACUCUGUGCGACUGUAAGCAUUCGUUGCUGCCACUCUUCAGGAUAAUGUGACCUAAAGUUCAGUCUGUUUGUUUGCUAUUUCUACCUGAAGGAUCUUUUUUUGUUUGUUUGUUUUUCAACUUGACAGAGAUGAUUUAAGUUAGGAAUACAUGUUUUUAUAUUGUCAUUUACAGGUUUUUGUUUCAUGUCUUUAAUUUCCCAGGAUUUUUUUCUUUUUCAUGUCAAGUAAGUGGAUUUACUUUCAGAAAGCCAGGCACUUACACCACAUGUAAACAGCUGUUAUAGGCAUUAACUUGAAAACAGGAAUGUGGUGAAUUUAUAUGCUAAAUGUGUUCAUUAAAAAUAUAUUUUAAUACUUAUCCCCUUCUUUUCUACAGAUGCUAGGAUAGACUAUAUUUAUUUUCUUACUUUUUAAAGGAUUGACUGUUAUAUAUUUAUGUCUGCGAUUUUACUAGUAGGACUGGACGUUUUGAUUUACUUGCCAAAAAUUUACAUAAUUAUAAUACAGCUGAUUUGUAGUGGAUUUUUACAUUCUCAAUUACUCAAAAAUAAGGUGUUGGUGGCUUAAGCCUUAUUAACAAAAACAAUUGAUGUGAUAGGAGAACCAAAACUGGAAACCAUAACUACUGCUCAUCCUUUAAAACAAGGUCAAUAUUGUUUUUUUGUUGUUGUUGUUGUUCAUCUUUUACAAAGUGUAGCAGUAAAUAGUGUGGAAAACACAGGUUUUUGUUUUCUUUUUGUCCACAUCUAUUAAAACUGAAAUCAAAUUUUAUUCCAUCUUUUCUAGACUAUGUAAAUUGGUAUGGAUUAUUAAAUGCAGUGUUGAAUAAAAAGCAAAAAUACUGUG